CUCUAGUGAACCCCAUCCUCUCCAGCCCAUCCAAGCCCGUUUUAUCUUGGAGCCUGUCACCGCGCUGGAAGCCUGACUACUUUCAUCUUCUCUUUCACCUCACCCGCGGCCGUCGCGCGGAUUCCUGGCCUCUCUUCAGUGUCCCGGGUGGAGAUUGGAGAGCUUUGAGACAGUCCACCCAUAUCUAGUGUCUGCUCAGUCGAACUGUGUCUACCUGUCCUAACCGAGGGCGAUUGAAAAUGGACUACUCCGCCAUAAAUAAUGACCCUGAUCACCCGACGGGCGCAUCGCCUUGGGAUUCUCCACGAGCUGAUCGCACCACGUUUCCCGCCUCCGUCACCAGCGAUAUCCCCCCUUCCCCUUUGCCUCCGCAGGAGCAAUCGCCCUACGGAGCGGAUCAAGCCGCGCAUCCUGAGGAGAGUCUGAAGAAGACAACCGAUGCAGAGGACGAUGAGUCGGACUCCCCGGAUCUUUCUGAGCGCCUCCAGAGCGCACAGUUGGGAGAUCCCGACUAUGUCGAGCAACCGCCGUAUGCCACGCGCGCACAGUAUUCCCAGCAUCAGAAGUCACAGACUCCCGCACGAUACCAGACCGGGGCCAGACAACAUGCAAGGCAAGCGCCAAUCUGGAAGCUACAGGCAAAAAUUACCGGCCUGGAGCGAACGGGCAAGAAAGAUCCAAUCUUACGUUUCGAUGUCCAUACGAACAUCCCCAAAUUUAGAACGACGCAAUAUCGAGAUGUCCGCCGCACCCAUUCUGAAUUCGUCAAGUUCGCUGAACAUUUGAUAUCGAACAACCCUGAAGCUCUGGUCCCCGCAGUGCCGCCCCCAUUGACUCCCGCAGGUGCCGGAACUGAAGAGGACGAGAUUCGUGUGAAGGCAAAUAUGCAAAGAUGGCUCAACUACGUCUGUAGUAACGAGGUGCUGGUGCAAGAUGAUGAAACGGUGCUGUUUGUGGAAAGCGAUUUCGGAUACAGCCCUGUCGUGAGGAUGAAGCAACCGGCAACAGGCGUACGCCGGAAGGUAUUGAAGCAGUUUGCCCCACCUCCAGAUGACACGCCGGAAUUGCAAAACGCACGUCCAGUUGUCAAGAUGUUCUAUCUCGGUGCGAUGGACGCUAGUCAGAAGGUUGACCGUGUGGUCAAGGCACGACGCGGACUUGGUCUUGCAGAAUCCGAUUUUGGUGUGAAGCUGGGCCAGAUGCAUGUCCAGGAGACGCACACUGGACUGGCUAGCGCAUAUCGCAAGUUGGGAAGGGUAAUCCAGACCGUUGGAGAUUACCAUGCAGCCCAAGGCACGGCGGAAGCGACCACUCUUGGGGAUCCUCUCAACUAUCACUCUUCCGAUGCAUUUAUCGUCAAGGAAACUCUGACAAACCGGCACAUCCUCCUUCGAGAACUCAUCCAAGCUCAGCAGGCUGCGCGAAGCAAGCGUGCCGCAGCAGACCGGCUGAAGGCUAGCUCUUCUGUCCGUCCGGACAAGGUGGAUGAAGCGAUUAGUUCCCUGGAUGAAGCUCUCAGUCACGAGAAUUACCUGACAAAGAAGACUCAGCGCGUGACUUCGCAUCUUCUACAGGAGAAGAGACGCUGGUUCGAUCGUACUACGAAUGAACUUCUGGCGAGCAUUCGCGAGUACACGCUCCGGCAGAUUGAAGCUGAACGUCGUACUCUUAGCACUUUGGAGAGCGUUAGACCUGAUAUCCGUGCUAUUGACUCGUCUGGUGGCCUCAGCCGUUUGGGUCGGGAGGCGCAUCCAGCAGCUCGUCGAGCAAGUCUUGCCUCCAGCCAGGGUCCCAAGGGGGACGCAUGGAGUGGGGUUCCUCGUCGAGGGGACAGUUUGAGCCGGAGCAUCACUGGCAGCUACGUGGCUCCUGUCCCAGAUGAUGAAGAAGUCAAUGGAAAUGGAGCGGGCAAAGGAAGAGUCCGCGCUCUGAGCGGAGUUGGCUCGAUACCCGAAGAGGAUGAUGAUGACCGUCUUGAUGCACGCAAUGCUGCCAGCCGCCUGGCUACGAGCACCUUCUAAAGUAUAUUGUAGCAUAUGAGUUUUACCACACGAGUGCAUACUUGAUUCCAGCAUAUCAUAUUUACGAUCAUUGAGCCAGUCUUGAAUCACCUCGCUGCUUCCCUUUCUAUUUAUAGGCGACCAAUCGAGCCAAGAAGUCGCAUUAUGUACAUAGUUCGUUCCACUGCCAUAGUGAAGCCUAUUAUACCCAUAGUUACCCGUUGUUAUAUCUGACAUGGUCGCUCUGUCAUUCAAUCUCAGCACUCAGUUGAAAACUGCUUAUUUGGGAGCAAAUGAAGUUAUCUGGUUAAUACAAUCUUUGACUCCACA